UGCUGGAUAUCCCUGCACAUAGCAUAAAUGUAUCAGUAAGGCGCAUUGGUGGGGGAUACGGUGGCAAAAUUACCAGACAGCAUGUGGUGUCAUCAGCGGCGGCCGUGGCAUCACGGAAACUAAGAUGUCCCGUGAGGAUUGUUGUUGACCUCAAUACACACAUGAGUCUUGUGGGGUGGCGAGAGCCCUACCUCUCAAAGUACGAGGUUGGUUUUGAUGAUGAUGGCAAGUUCCAGGCCCUCAAAGUCACCAUGAUCUCGGACGCAGGCCAUGCGCCCAAUGAGGCCUCGGUGGGAUUCCUCGCAGGUCCUGUCCAGAAUACCUACCAUAUCCCCGGUCUGCUUUUCAGGCCAGUCAUUGUUCGGACAGAUACAGCUGCCAACACCUGGUGUCGAACCCCAGGUACUGUUGAGGCCCUGGCAACAAUUGAGAACAUUAUAGAGCACAUCGCCAACUAUCUCAAAAAAGACCCAAUGGAGGUGCGUCUUGUGAACAUGGUUGAGCCCGAAGUGCCACGCCUCAUGGCACCCCCUCUUGAGAAGAAUGUGGUGAAGGAUGAGAUACUGCCAUUGCUCAAGUCUAAGGCCAUGUAUGAACUAAGGAAGGAGGAGGUGGAAGCCUUCAAUAAGGCAAAUCGCUGGAAGAAGAGAGGCCUGUCGAUCGUGCCCCUUUGGUAUGGUUACAACUACCCUUCCAUGUUUCGAUACGGAAUCCAGGUCUCCAUCUACGAGCAUGAUGGUACAGUAGCGGUGACACACGGUGGCAUCGAGAUGGGACAAGGUAUCAAUACCAAGGUGGCUCAGGUAGCAGCACACACUUUGGGCAUUCCUAUUGAAAAGGUGAUCAUAAAGGCUUCUGAUACAACUGUUGGUGCAAACUCCAUUGUAACAGGAGGAUCUUUUGGAACGGACAUUUGUUGUCAUGGCACAAAGAUUGCCUGCGAAGCUCUCCGUAAGAGGAUAGAUGCAGUCAAGGAUGAGGAGUUAGAGAAAGACCCGGAGAAGGAGAUGUCUUGGGAGCAGCUCAUCAAGAUAUGUCACCUUAGGGAUGAGGACUUGUGCGAACGCUAUUGGACUGCUGGAAAGGAACAUCCCCGUCGCUAUGACAUAUGGGCUGCCUGUUGCCUCGAAGUUGAAAUUGACGUCCUCACUGGACAAUACCUGCUCCGUCGUGCUGACAUCGUUGAGGACUGCGGGAAAAGCAUGAAUCCUUUUGUAGACAUCGGACAAGUGGAAGGAGCCUUUAUCAUGGGCGUUGGUCUCUACACUUCCGAGUUGGUGAAGUUCGACUUGGAAACGGGUGUAAAGCUCUCUAAUGGAACGUGGGAAUACAAGCCACCAACAGCACUGGAUAUUCCUGUUGACAUGAGGGUGACUCUCCUGCCUAAUGCUUCAAACCCUUACGGUGUCUUGAACUCCAAAGCCACCGGGGAGCCAGCUCUCUGCUUCUCAUAUGUAGUGGUCACUGCCCUCCGUCAUGCCAUUGCGGCUUUUAGAGCUGAGAAUGGAAAUGAAGACUGGUUUGAAAUGCACACACCGCUGACAGUGGAGAAGGUCCAACAGCUGUGCGGCGUUCGGCCAGAGCAGUUCCGGCUCUCCAAUAGCAAUGGAGAGACCUGUCCCGAAGACUUCCAGAUUGUCGACAAAGAUGAGGUUCCAGUUACAGUGGGAAAUGAUGAAGGCGGUGCAUCUUGUUCCAUGAAUUGAGGAAGGUCAGAAAAGAUAUGGAAGGAAGAAAGGAUGGGAAGGUGGUUGUGAGGAGUCAACUUUACUUUGAUUUUCAUAAUUAGUUGUUACCCAAGGUUGUUGCAAUUAGUGUUCUUGAAUAUUAUGAUUUUAAUGUGAAUGUACACAGUCAUGUUGGUUAUAUGACUUAGAUUUAGAUUAAUAAUAAUAUAUAUAAAAAGGGCUUUACUUCAGAUAGUAGCACAGAAUAUAUUAAGAAUUAUGUUUUGAUGAAGUUUAGCAGAAAAAAAUCCACACACACACACACACACACACACACACACACACACACACACACACACACACACACACACACACACACACACACACACACACACACACACAUAUACUAUCAGUUUUUUUACAAGUAAUGUACAGUCAUUGUUUUAAGCAGGAAUAAAUAAUAUCCAGCCACUGAAGGAAAGUCCCAGUAAUUAUUUAUGAUGUUUGAUGUAAAAGGAAGGACUAUGCAAGAGGUAAGAUAUAGAUUGUAUUGAUUAUACCUGUAUUUGUUGCUUGUUUCUUUAUAUUUUUAAGUUAGAUUUUAUUCUCUGACUUUGUAUUUUAAGAAAGAUCAAAGAUGUGGAAAUAAAGGAUAUGCUCUUUGAGGGAGAACACUAUAUGAUUUUAGUUAUGAUUAGAGAAAUCAUUGAAGGAAUUGUAAUGUAUUUAUCAAUAAUUGGUGCAUAUGAGAUUAUAUAUUUCUGAUUAUUUA